CUCUUCGAUCCUCUCCUGUUGCUGGUCUCGGGAAAUUUCAGUCCGGUUUUCUUAUUUUGAUCGCUUUUCGCUGUCUACUCUACUGUGCUAUUUAUCUCCAAGGCUUAUCUCCUCACGUAUUCUCUCUUUCGCUGACCCUCCGUCAUGGCUUCCGCGCGCGGUCCACGAUGGCAGCAAUUCCUGCAAGAGCUGGUAAUGGUUGCCGGCACGGUAUGUCUUCCUGCGCUGCGACCAGUCGCCAGGGGCUAAUGAUAUCGUCUCAGUCGGCUUCGGCCUAUUUUCUCAUUCGCUAUCUCCUCUCCCGCCUUGAUUUUGACCCCGAAAGUCAGAAGAAAGAGGAACAACGUCGCAAGUCCGCCGCUAUUCUGCGCAAGUUAGACGGAGGAGAAGAGUCGGAGGAAGAGACGCCGCGCGGUGAAGGAAAGAAGGGCCGCCGACCAAAGCGAGGCGACCUGGUUCUCAACCAGUAUGAGCAGGCGAUUGCGAUGGAUGUGGUGGCUCCCGACGACAUUCCCGUUUCCUUCGAGGAUAUCGGUGGCUUGAGCGAGAUCAUCGAGGAACUGAAAGAGUCCGUGAUCUAUCCCCUGACCAUGCCUCAUCUAUACACGUCCACCUCGUCGCUCCUCACGGCCCCGUCGGGUGUUCUGCUAUACGGCCCGCCUGGAUGCGGGAAGACCAUGCUGGCGAAGGCUCUUGCGCAUGAGAGCGGGGCAUGCUUUAUCAACCUACAUAUCUCAACCCUGACCGAAAAGUGGUAUGGCGAUUCGAACAAGCUUGUCAAUGCGGUCUUUUCGCUGGCCCGAAAGCUGCAGCCCUCCAUUGUCUUUAUUGACGAGAUCGACGCCGUCCUGGGAACCAGACGCAGCGGGGAACACGAGGCGAGCGGCAUGGUCAAGGCAGAAUUCAUGACUCACUGGGACGGUCUUACCUCGGCCAAUUCCUCCGGUGAACCUCAGCGUGUUGUCGUGCUGGGUGCGACCAACCGAAUUCAGGAUAUCGACGAGGCGAUUCUCCGGCGAAUGCCCAAGAAAUUCCCGGUGGUUCUGCCUCCGGCGCCGCAGCGUCUCCGGAUCCUGAGUCUCAUCCUCAAGGACACCAAGGUGGAUCGGGAGAAUUUCGAUCUUCACUAUUUAGUCAAAGCCAUGGCAGGCAUGUCGGGUAGUGACAUCAAGGAGGCUUGUCGUGAUGCCGCCAUGGUCCCGGUCCGGGAGCUCAUUCGUCAGAAAAAGGCCGACGGUCAGCAAAUGACGUCCGUCGACCCUAGCGAGGUUCGCGGUCUUCGGACCGAGGACUUCUUUACUCGUGCUGGGGGUGUUCGAGUCAUUCCACCACCUGCCCAAAUACAGACACAAUCCAGCAAAGCUAACUCCGAGAAGGAAUGGGUUUCCGAGUCAGAGGGCGCCUCCGAAGCGGACGCACGGCCGUCUGCAGAGAUGGUCGAACCUCCGGAGUGAUUUCCUUGUUUAUGUGCGAUGAUACUAUAUUUGACUCUUUGCUAUUCUGCCACUUCUACGCAUCUCAGGACCUGGCAUCCACCCUCCUCUUCGUUAUGCUGCGCUCUUCUUUCUAUUUACUGAACAUAAUAACCGAUCUUCACCCGCCAGCUUUUUGGGGUACACGACUGGGUUCUAGUACGGCCACGAGAAAUGUUUUUUUUUUUUCUAUAGAGCACCCGAUCUUGCUUUUUCACUUCCGUGUAUUAUCAUUAGAUGGGCUAUUCAAUGAAUGAUAUUGCCUUCCAUUACGCCUAAGUUAACUGUACAGUUGAUGGACACCGAACACCCGACCCUGGUCCCGAAC